UUGUCUUACCUGGCUCGCCUGUAUUAGCUGACGGUCGCCGCGGUGGGCCGUCUUCAACCCCAACUCAGUUUACCCGAGCAAGUGAUGCCGCUGCCGGCCGCCUUCUUCGCGCUCGUAGCCUCGCUCGCCUGCAGCGGCCACGCCACCGUCUUCUUCAAGGAGCAGUUUCUCGAUGGAGAUGGUUGGAGGAGCAGGUGGGUGGAGUCCAAGCACAAGGACGAUUAUGGCCAAUGGACGUUGAGUGCUGGAAAGUUCUAUGGUGACGCUGAGCUUGAUAAGGGCGUGCAAACCAGCGAGGAUGCGCGCUUCUACGCGCUCUCGGCGCGCAUGGAGCCGUUCAGCAAUGAGGGCAAAGUCCUGGUGGUCCAGUUCAGUGUCAGGCACCAGCAGGGGAUCGACUGCGGUGGAGGCUACAUCAAAAUCUUUGACGCCCGACUCGACCAGGCCCAGAUGAAUGCCCAUUCGCCCUUCUCCAUCAUGUUUGGUCCCGACAUCUGCGGCUCGCCCAUCAAGAAGGUUCAUGUCAUCCUCAACUAUAAGGGACAAGGACACCUCAUCAAGAAAAACAUUCAGUGCAAGGACGACGAGCUGAGCCACGUGUACACGCUGGUGCUGCGUCCGGACCAAACGUAUCAGGUGAAGAUCGACAACCGUGAGGUGGCGUCGGGCUCGCUGGAGGACGACUGGGACCUGCUGCCCCCCAAGACCAUCAAAGACCCCCUGGCCAGCAAGCCGGACGACUGGGACGACCGGCCCACCAUGGACGACCCCGACGACACCAAGCCCGAGGAUUGGGACCAGCCGGAAACCAUCCCGGACCCCAAACACCGUAAACCCAGCGACUGGCGAGAGGACAUCGACGGCGUGUGGUCGCCUCGGGUGAUGCUCAAUCCCGACUACAAGGGCGACUGGACGCCCAGGCAGAUAGACAACCCCAAAUACAGAGGCUUGUGGGUCCACCCUGAAAUCCCCAACCCAGAGUACGUUCACGACGCGGAGAUGUACAAGUUCCCCAACAUCGGCGUGCUGGGACUGGAAUUGUGGCAGAUGAGGUCCGGAACCAUCUUUGACAACUUCCUCAUCACCGAUGACGUCCGGGAAGCCGAAGAGUUUGCCCGGCAGACUUGGGGACUCACGCAGGCGGCUGAGAAAAAAAUGAAGGAAGAGCAAGACGAGCUGGACAGGAAGAAGUGGGACGAGGAGCACAACACGAAGGACAACUUUGACUUUGACUUUGGUGAUGAUGAUGAUGAUGGCAAGGCUGAUGACAAGAAGGACAUGCAUAAAAUCAAAAUUGAGCUGUAGUUCUGCGUUCGGGUGGGAGUUUAGUGUAUUUGCUACCAAUAUGGUUACCCAAAGUCCACACACAACCCAAUCUGCAUCGCAAGUAUGGCAACAUCAGAUGGACAAAAUACAUGAAAACAUGGUUAGCUUCGGUGUCACUCACAUGUAUUGAAUGACCUCAACAUGCCGGAAAGCCCAUCAAUUAUAGCUAGCAGUUUUACUUUGGUGAAAAUGUGGAUUUCAGAGGUCUCCAUCAGCCC